UCCACAGAAAAGAAAGGUUUUCGACAAAGAAAUCACCAUAGAGCGAUUCAAUAGUCAGAAGCGACCCCGUAUAGACGAGACUGAUGGAAAUGAUGAUGUAGCUGAUGUAGAAGGGACUAUGGAUGAUGAAGAGAUCAAGCAAUUUUCGUCCGAUCAACGAAUAGCAACUCCUGAUGAACCUACUUGUGUUGUUUGCGGAAAAUAUGGGGAAUAUAUUAACGAUGACACGGAUCAAGAUAUUUGUAGCUUGGAAUGUAAAGCAAUCAACUCGGAUUUACAUGCUCAUCGUUUGAGGAAAUCGAAACAAACGUCGCAACCUACCAUCAUUGGCCAUAUACACGACUAUGUUGCAGAAAACGUGCAUGCAAAAUUAACAAACUAUCAAGAGCCAGUGUCGAUAGCCCAUCAAAAUGCGGAACACGUCAAGCAAAUGUUACAAGCACAUGAUAUUCACGUCAGAGGCUCUCACAUACCCAAACCUUUUACCACCUAUGACCAACUUGAACCUGUUCUAGGCGCCAAACUACUGCAAAAUAUCGAAUCGCUUGGAUGGUCGAUGGCAACCAGUGUUCAACGGCAAGCCGUUCCUAUCGGUCUUGCUGGAAGAGAUAUGGUGGUGAUUGCCCCCACUUACUCUGGUAAAACAGCCGCAUUUCUGAUACCCCUUCUUGUUCACUGUCAGUCACUUUCUGAAGUGGAUCACCAUAAACGACGAGCAGGGCCUUACGCUUUGAUUAUGACGCCCACGCGAGAAUUAUGUAUCCAGAUAGAAAACAUCUGUAAAAAACUAGCCAUUGGUCUCAGAAAUAUACGUACAGCUUUGUUGAUCGGCGGUCAACCGAUGGCAAACCAACUGUAUCGAUUAAAACAAGGUGUACAGAUCAUUGUGGGCACACCGGGUCGUAUUUUAGAAAUGCUAACGUAUCAUCCCAAGUUGGUACGAGCGUGGAGAAUACGAAUGAUGGUUCUGGAUGAAGCUGAUGCAAUGUUUCAUUUAGGCUUUGCAACCCAAAUACGACAGAUUCUCGGUAAAUUCCCUGAUACAACAGUAAGGCAGACAAGUUAUUUCUCAGCUACGGCUGUAAUUGACGAUAAAUGGAUGCAAGGACUGAUGCGACGGCUCAGGUCACCUGUGGAAGUGACCGUAGGACAAACUACGGCUCGUUCUACCACUACGUCUACCACGACUACUGCAGCAGCCAUAACAGAAGCAAAAUUGCCAGAAAUGACAAAUCAAGUUCGACAAACCAUUCUAUGGGUGGAAAACAAGAGUAAAUUUAAGCGAUUGUUAUCCAUUUUGCAAGACCCAAAAUACUUUGUAGUACCUGUAUUGGUCUUUGUGGAAAGUCGGUUGGGCGUUGAGUUUCUGACAAGGGCAAUAAAAAAGAAAUAUGGACAUAUUAAAGUUAUCUCAAUGCAUGGGGACAAAACGCAGGAAGAAAGGGCCAUGAUCAUUGCCGGUAUCAAUCAGCCGGAACCAGCGUGGGAUGUCAUCAUUUCAACAGAUAUACUAGCUCGCGGGAUGGAUCUACCCUCUGUGAAGCUGGUCAUCAAUUAUGAUAUGCCGGCAACAUUGACUGAUUAUACACAUCGUAUAGGCAGAGCUAUUUUGCAGAAGCCACUGCCAAAGAAUUCAAAGCAACAGAGAGGUUGGGUCAUUACAUUCAUCAAUAAGGAGCAUGAACAUUUAUUACCAUCAAUUGCUGCUAUUCUGGCUAAAAAGUCACCGGCCGAAGUGACGCCUUUGCCAGCAGAAUUGAAGCGAUACCUUAAAUAAUUAUCAUUACCCUUUUACGUUACGCAAAAACUGAUCUACCUUUUUUUUGUUUCGUUUGCAAUAACAUUAUUUAUUGAUAAACAUUGUAUUGGCUUAUCAGUAUUCUUGCCAAUGACAGAAGCUGAAUCUUCGUUUUCAAAUUGUAUUUUUCAAAAAAAGAUAAACCUUGAAAAUGUUAUGAGCCCUUUUUUAUAAGGAAUCUGGGCAGUUAGAGUACAUCCCAAUUCUUGAUUGUUCUUCAUCCUUCCUUCGCAGUUUGGAAUUCCGCUGUCGACCGACGCCUUUUUACCCAGAAAAAACUUUUUUUUUUUUUUCUUUC